AGCUACGUACCUAGCAAUCUUGUCUCCACCGAUAGCACCAUCUGCUCACACUGCAAAGAUACCAGAGGCGAAGUUGGGAAAUCCACCCGAACUCCCGUCAGUUAAACCAUCCCCAUCUGACACUCUACAAGCAACAUGAGCACCACGCCAACAUCCAUUCAGUGAUCGAGGCAGAGCAUAAGAUGAGUGAGCAGGAGGAGGAGCCCAUGGAAAGAAGCCAUCAUUAGGCAGUGGCAAAUGCAGCAUGCACACUGACACUGUCGUUAGCAGCAGCAGGUCAAGAAAGAGGAGGAGAAGAAAGCACCCCUGAUCGUCAUUGUAGCAUAAUUAGGAGGAUUUGAUUUGAUUGAUCCGGCAGGCAGCCAUGUCGAGCUUGACAUGGAAGGGUUCCCAGGCGGGCAGCAGCAACAUCACCCGGCAGAUCCUCAAGUGCACCCGGUGGCAGCUGGAGGAGACCACCGACUUCAUCACCUGCCCCUACCACUACUACUGCGACAGCGCCUACCCGGGCGACUUCUCGCCGGCGAUCGGCGUCCUCGCAGCCGUCUUCGCCGCCUACUGCCUCCUCUCCACGGCGUCCUUCGCCGUGGCGGGGAUCAUCAGAAGCAGCAACGCUAGCACUAGCAGCACGGCGUUCUCCGGCGUGAUCGGGAGGAUCAAGCGGAAGUACCUGAUCCCCUCGGGCCCCUUCCUGCUGCCGCUGGUGCUCCUGGUCCUGGCCAAGGGGCAGCGGAUCAACGGCCCCGUGUUCCCGGUCGCCCGGCUCGGCCCGGCAUUGCUGCUCACGCUGCAGGCAUCCGCGCUGGCGUUCCCCAACGAGGCCGAAGGGGACGUCCGCUACGCGGUCCUGGAGGCGUCCACCGUGUCCGGGAUCCUGCACGCCUGCCUCUACCUGGACGCCGUGGUGCUCCCCUACUACACGGGCACGGACGCGCUGCGGCGGUCGUCCAGGUUCUCCGGGGAGUGCGCCACGUGCCUGUGCCGGAUGGAGCCGCUCGUGGUGGGGGGAGCCACGGUGCUCUACAGGGGGCUAUCCAAGACGGCGCUGGCCAUCAUCUUCGCGCUCUGCGCCAGGAUGGUGUGCCGGAUCUACGGGGAAGAGCGGCUCAGCGCAUGGACCAGGACGGCGCUCGAGGCCGCCAGCUGGGUCUUCGUGUCCGGCGACGCCGUCUACCUCGUCGGUUGGGCGCUCGUCGAGGGCGUCGCGGCAGGGGUGGCGGCCUACGGGCUCGUCGCCGGGCUCGUCUUCUUGUGUGUGUUUGGGAAGGUUUACAGAUUCUUGGCGUGGGUGGACAACAGGCAGGUCCAGUGGAAACCAAGCCUCAGUUGCCACAAUGUGGUUUGAUCAUUCCUCUCUUUUUCUCUUCUUUUCUUUUUUGGGAAAGGUUCCUGUCUCUGGUUUCGGAGAAAACUGUAAAGCAUCAUAACCAAUUAAUUCAGGUUUUGUGUUUAUACAAGGAAAAUUGUAAAGCUGCAUAAUUUUGCCGCUCAAGUUUCAAACUUAGGCAAUUUUAGGAUAUCUUUAUAUCA